AUGGUCGUCACUCGUAAAGCGGGAAGCCUACCAAAGGAGGAUUUGCGCAACACGCUUAGUAGAGGCAACGCACAAGCACCUUCAGGGGAAUCUAUGCAGCCGUCCCAACAACGAGCAGAACCCAGAGCCAUCACACAACUGGCGUCACAACUCGCGUUACCAGUUGGACAACCAUUAACACAUGAAGAAGAGAGGCCCCGAAUGACUGUGACUAUGGCAGAAGCCGUGGGUCGUUUACUAGAGGCGUUGAGGCAAAAUCCUGUAGCAGAUGUAGUCCCCGAUCGUGUGGACCCUGCCACCAAAGCACGAGGACAAUCGACCGGUCGUGGCCAACCUCGACAUGGUGUUCAAAAAUCUGGUCUGCCGUGUCGACCAGAACCAUCACGGACACAGGUUGAUCGACAAGGAUCGCACAAUCGCCAAUCAGUUUUUGAUCGUUUGAGCCCUGAGAAUACGACUACCAGUGCCCCGCGACAUGCCCAUCACAAUCCUUGUCGUCAUCACGAGGAAGCAAUGCGACGAUUGAAAGGCAAGGAAAAGAUGGAGGAACGACAUGAGAAGGGUGGCCCUCAAACGAUUGAAGAAAGUAGUGGUGAGACCCCCGAACCAAUUCGAGAAAUCCAGGCUCGAAAGAUCGCAGAAUUGGAAGAAGAGAUGCGCAAUCUACAACGCCAUUUAAAGGGGAAAGACGGACCUACCACUCGGUUUCAGUUGUCCAUCGAACCUUUCUCUGCCAAAGUCCAAAAUUACAAAGUCCCGAAGGAUUUUAAGUUCCCGUCUAUGCCUACUUACGAUGGGUCUAGUGAUCCUAGUGAUCAUUUAAUGGGAUUCCAAGCCAAAAUGCUGAUAGUUGGAGCUAAGGAUCCUAUGUAUUGCCGUGUAUUUGUCUCUACAUUAGAGGGAAUAGCUCGGGAUUGGUUCAUUUCUUUGCCUCGUGGAUCAGUAAGUACCUUUGAAGAUCUAGCCAAUCAGUUCCUUACCCGUUUCGCUGGUAGCAUGCGAGCUAGGAAACACUUUACCGAUCUUACUAAGGUAAAUCAAGGGGAAUACGAGAGUUUAAAAGACUACAUCAAGCGGUGGCAAAAAGAUAUACAGGCGGUGGACGGGAUAGAUGAUAAAUCUGCUUUAAUGAUGUUUAUGCGCUCACUCCGAUCAGGUAAAUUAUUCGAAGAUUUGCGGAAUAAUACUCCUGAUACUUUUGCUCAAGCUAUCCAACGGGCUAAUCGAUAUGCCGAAACUGAGCAAGCUCUGAAAUUAAAGAAGAAGCAGGAAGGAGGGUCGUCGUCCAAACGACCUCGGGAAGAAAUUGAGCAGCGUCCAAGGGACCGCCUGAUUGGAGGGGACAAAAUGCGAAAUGGAUUGGAGAGGCCAUCUGGUUUCCAAAUUGGUGGGACUCGAACACAAGGUACUUUACCCUUACAUGAAGUACGUCAAGUUGGCCAUAUUGAUGCUCCUACACUCCCGCCUUUGCCGCUUGUCCACAAUCUACCACGUUUUCCCAACAAUGCGAAAUAUUGUCGAUAUCACCGACGAUUUGGGCAUUCCACGGAGGAGUGUGCAACGCUACAAAGGGAAAUAGAGAGUCUGAUUCAAAAAGGCCGGCCAAUUGAUCGACCGACGAACCAAUCGCGUCGACCGCCGCUAACGGGGCAUGACACGGCUUCGCCUUCAGAUAAACAAACAAUUCUUACUCCAGAUGAUCGGGGAAAACGACCAGUGGAGGAAGAAGAAGGCUGGGAGGAGCAGAAUUGGAAACACAGCAAACCAGUGAUCAAUAUAAUUUAUGGCGGUCCGGAAGGUGGCGAUUCGGCUCGGGAAAGGAAACAAUGGGGUAGACAGCUUUAUGUAGGGGCAAUUCAACAUACAGUCGCCCCAAAGAAGCCUAGAAGGGACCCGAUCAUUUUCACGGAUGAUGAUAUACCGCAUGGAACGGUCCCGCACCGAGAUGCUCUGAUGAUAGCCAUAGAUAUAAAAGGAACAGUCGUUCGGCGAGUGUUUGUGGACACAGGAAGCAAUGUAAAUGUGAUGUAUGCAGAUACUUUCAAUAAGCUUGGUUUAGACCAAACGAAACUCCUACCAGUUAGGACCCCGUUGGCUGGGUUCACCGGUGAUAGCAUUGAAGCUGAAGGACGCAUCGUUUUACCUGUCGAGAUCGGACAAUACCCUAGGGUGCGAAAGCUGGACAUGGAAUUUGUAGUGGUCAAAUUGACCUCCACUCAUAUCAUCUUGGGUCGUCCGGGCUUGGAAGACCUAGGAGCAGUCGUGUCACUCGAACACCUCUGCUUGAAGUUCAGAACGCCUGAAGGAGUUAGAGUUGCAAGAUGCGAUCAGCGGAUAGCUCAGUCUUGCUAUCUUAAAGCCUGUCGUUCGAUUGGGGAAAAAGACAUGCGAAUCCAUACCAUCGCAGAAAAAGUCAAGUAG